GUCAGAGAAGUGUCAGCGAAUGGACCCAACAUACCGCCAGAACCGAGCCCUCAGGAGAACCAGAAGACCUUCGUGAGAGAGAUGAAGCACCCCAUUCUCCGCCCGGGUUACGUCCCCAUCCCGGUUUUCCACGAGGGAGCAGAACUGAGGCAGCAGCAGCAUCCGUGUUAUUCCUACAUCCAGCCGAGCGCCGCACAGAACAUCCGCACAGACGGGCGGACGCCUUCCCCGACGCCAGGGCUCCACUGCAGGCCCAGAUCACCUUUACACGGACCUUCAGACAGCUGCUCCGCUGAGCUCGGAAAGACCGGCUCACCUGCGUCACAAACAGCGGAGGUUUACGCUGUCCCGCAUCACCAACCGUCCCGGCCCAGCAGCACCGCCCUUCAAGCGGGUUACAUCCCCAUCCCGGUGAUCCACGAGGGCGGAGGAGGCCCGGCACAAACGCAGCCCCAGUUGAAUCCCUCGGUCUACUCUCAGCGCGUCCCGUACUCCGAGCACCAGCAGCCCUUCCAUCGCGUUCAGACCGACGAGUGGCCCGGCUACUCCGCACCGAUGCCGCCUCCCCGAGAAAGAGCCUCUCCGAUUCUGCUCCCCCAGCAUCGCGACUCCAUUCACCUCCCACCUCACAUUAAAAGCCAGUCACCUAUCAUAACGCAGGUGCUGGGAGAACGACCACAGACUCAGCAGCACGUCCUCACAAGAGACCCGCCCCAGAAAACUGAACAAGAACAGCAAAUCACUCAGCAGAAACCCGAGAACACGCAGCUCCUCCACGCAGAAGCUGACGUCCAAAAGCCUCAACAACCUCAACAGUUCCAACAGCCUCCACCUCAGCAACCUCAGCAGUUUCAGCAACCUCAGCAGUUCCAGCAGCCACCACCUCAGACGUCUCCACAGCCUCAGCAUCCCGAACACUUAAUGCAGUCGCAGCAACAGUUCCAGCAGCCCCACAAACCAGAGCAGCCACAGCAACACACUGCGGAUAUCACAGUUCAAAUACCUCCAAAACCAGAGGCCCAGGACAUGACGGCCGUUCCCCCGGAGGUCCCACCUGCAAAGGUAGAGACAGAACCGGCUGCUCAGAGCCCGGUCCACCCAGGCUUGGCUAAGGUACAGCAGAUAGUCGGCCGGGUCGCCAAACUGGAGCAGGAGGUGAGAUAUUUUGCCGGAAAGAAGAAUGAUAAGAAAUACUUGUUACUGGAGGAGCUGCUGACCAAAGAGCUCUUAGCGCUGGACUCGGUCGACCCGGAGGGUCGGGUAGACGUGCGGCAGGCGAGACGGGACGGAGUCCGUCGCGUUCAGAACAUACUGGAAGAACUGGAGCAGAUGGAGGAGCAGGGAGACAGCCUGACACAGAAAGGAGAACCCAGCAUGAUCACCAAGGAGAAUGUAGAGCUGGCGAAGGAGAUAUCAUAAUGACUGCACACUUCAUCACCAGGAGGAGAGCGGGACGACCUGCUGUAUAUUUGAUAGUGAACAAGUCUGCUCCGGCUGACUCUCCUCCUCCUCCUCCUCCUCUAUCUACAGCAUUUGUGGAAGUUGCAUGCAUUGAUUAACAGUGUUGGUAUUUCCUGCCAUUCAGCACAUAAUUGAUGGUAGCUCAGUGCAAUCAUGUUUUUCAAGCCAAUGUUGUUGCCUUCUAUGUCGUGCCGACGUCUUCGUAAUAAGACAGCUGUCAGGAUCGAGGUGUUGACAACAAUUUCUAGUGAAAGUAAAGUUUGAACAAGAGGCCUUUAUCAAUAAACGGAAGAAAAGUAGAAGUAUUUUCUUAAGAAACGUUACGUGUAGUUGCCUUUUUGUUGUUGAUCAAAUGUUAUAUGAAGCUUUUUCUUAAUCCAGCACAUCAGUUAGUACACGAGUGCAAACAUUUGGGGGCUUUAAAGCAGAACUCACUGCAAAAACUCAGUUACCAGAAGAGCAUUUUCCCCUUUAUAGCCACACAGCUACACGUUGGAGCUGCUUUGUCACAGAAAACACAGUGAAUAUGUUUAUUAGAUGCUGCUUUUCUUGGUGCAUUACUGAAAUUUGCCGUCUUUGCACUUUGCCAUCAUUGAAAUGUAUCAUGCUGAAAGAUCAGCAGCACUUCAUUUGAAAUGUAUAAGUUACACAGGUCUUGAUUGAUGUGUUUGAGUGUUUGUAUGUGGUUUACUUGUUAUUUAAAAAAACAAAAAAAACAACCUUAUAUCAGUAUUUAUAUCAUUAUAUAGUAUUUUGGUACAUUUAUGAAUGUGUAAUGACAAACGGAGGUGAGAUCUUACUUGAGAUGUGAGACAAUCGGCACUCGGUGCUAACGAGGAAUCACAGUUCAAAGAUUGUAUAACUACCAAAGCCACAAUCUGUAACAGUAACACUAACGCGGCCUGAAAGCCUUAAAAAAUACCUACUGUGAGAAAAUGCCCAGUUCAUAAACAGACGAAGUGCAAAGAAAAAUCUGUCAUUUAAAAGGGAUUCGAAAUAUUACUUUUAAGGAUACCCGUCACUGUUUGUUAAUUUGUCACUACGAUAGGUAGUUUCACUGUCUGACACCUUUACAAAUCAUAGAUUGUGGCUUAGUGUUGAUCACAGUUUAUCAGUAGCAGGCUGAUGCAUUGUUGAAAGCAAGUCACGUUGGUUUAUUUGAAAAUAAAAAUGUAUUUGACACAGA